CAGUUCGAUAGCCCGCUGUUUUAUGGUUGGUUCACGUACUAAUGACAGUCAUUUUACGUAUUCAUUGCUAAAAGAAAACUGAAAAAAUACAUUUGACCAAGUUUCCGGUUAGUCAUCCGCCCACACCGAUCUUCAAUUAGUCCUAACCGAAUCAAAGGAGAGGUGCGUAGUGCCCAAUUGUCAAUGAAUCGGGGGGAAUCCGCCAGCAGCUGGCUGCUCCUCUGCGUACGUGUAAAUCUGGGUGAGACGCCCACUAAAUAGCAAUCACAACAUUUCCAGAGAGCACAUAGCCAUGGACUUCGGAGACGAUUUCGCUGCCAAGGAGGACGUGGAUCCGGCGGCCGAGUUCCUGGCGCGCGAACAGUCAGCUCUCGGGGACUUGGAGGCGGAGAUUACGGGUGGAUCUGCAUCAGCUCCUCCGGCUGCAUCCACAGACGAGGGCUUGGGUGAGCUUCUGGGAGGCACCGCCUCCGAAGGCGAUCUGCUCUCUGCUGGCGGCACGGGUGGCCUCGAAUCCUCCACUGGCAGUUUUGAGGUCAUUGGUGGCGAGUCCAAUGAACCCGUGGGCAUAUCCGGUCCGCCGCCGUCGCGGGAAGAGCCCGAAAAGAUACGCAAAUGGCGCGAAGAGCAAAAGCAACGACUGGAGGAGAAGGACAUCGAGGAGGAGCGAAAAAAGGAGGAACUCCGACAGCAGUCCAAGAAGGAGCUGGACGACUGGUUGCGCCAGAUUGGCGAGUCCAUAUCGAAGACCAAACUGGCGUCGCGGAAUGCCGAGAAACAAGCCGCCACCCUGGAGAAUGGCACCAUCGAGCCGGGCACCGAAUGGGAGCGCAUAGCCAAGCUCUGCGACUUCAAUCCCAAGGUGAACAAGGCGGGAAAGGACGUCUCCCGCAUGCGAUCCAUCUACCUGCACCUCAAGCAGAAUCCCAUCCAGGUGCAGAAGAGCACCUAGGUAGUUUUAAUUACGCACUCGCCUAACCACAUUGAGUUGAAUAUGAAAAUUAUUAUUGAAAGUAUUCGCUGUAUAUUCCAAUUUAUGAUACAUAAAAUAUUAUUAUUGCUGCUAUAACAUAGCCGCGAUCAUCGUUUUGUCUAAUGAAUGCAAUAAAGAAUGUGCACACAGUUGUCAUGCUUUCCUUGACUAUCAUAUACCCCAUCACACAAAAUAAGAAAAACGACAUGAAAAAGUUAGGAAAAAGAACAAAUAAAAAAUAAAACCAAGGAUAUGAC